AUGAGCUCCGUUCAAUGGGAGGCCGAACGACAGAGCCAGCAGUCCUUCGAGGCUACCGGACCAACACUCCAUUGCACAACUGCCAGCUCGGUGCAGCCGGGAUACUGGCCUUCGUUCCAGCAACAACAGCAGUAUCUUCAAUCGCCGCAGUCUGUCUUCCUCAGUCCGCCGCUUCAAUGGCCGGCCUCUACCGAUAAUCCCCUCACCACGGCCCCGGUACCGCAGCCUCCCCCUUCCAAGGGUCGCGACCGAUCGAAGCCAGAGCCAGAGCCAGGGCAUAGAGCUACUGCAACGAAGAAAAAGGUAACGACGCCUGCCAGAAGACCAGUAGACCCGCGCCUUGUGUCGAUGAGCCAAAACCACCCCAAACAUGCGUGGGUCGGAGUUGGCGGCGCCAGCGAAUCCCCUCCCGCCAGCUCAAUGUCAUACGAGGACAAGGACAGCGACGCAUCGUUGGCACCAGCAGUGAGAGACAGGAAGAUGCCGUAUCGCGUCAAGAAUCGAGCGGCUGCCAAGCGUUGUCGCGAGAAGACGAAGCAGUACGAGAUCGAUUUGGCCAACAAGGAAAAGCAAGUCACAAAAGAGCAUAUGUACCUCGACGCCUGCGUAGUGGCGCUCAAAAACGAGGUGCUCUCCCUGAAGAACCAGAUCCUUCAGCAUAGCAGCUGCGACUGCGAUAUGAUCCAGGGAUACAUUGCCAGGACAGCCAGCACCGUUAGCGUUGCCGGAAAUGGCGUGCCUACGGUAUCGCACCCAUCGGCUUGA